AAGUGUUAGCCACUGUGCCACGUCAGAGCUAACGUUCAAUGUAGUCAUUGAGAAGAGUCGACCAGCUUUGUAGUCUUCUCAUUUAUUGUUAACAAUGCGGCUGUUGUCGGUCUUAUUGCAUCUUCUCUUUCAAAUUUUUGUGGCAUUUGCCACCGAGCUCACGUUUGAGCUUCCUGACAACGAAAAACAAUGUUUCUACGAAGACUUGGAGAAGGACGUCAAGUUUGACAUCGAUUAUCAGGUGAUUUCAGGAGGAAACUACGACGUGGACUGUUUUGUGACAGAUCCUCUUGAUAACAUAUUGUACACGGAGAACAGGAAGCAGUAUGACAGCUUCUCCCACACCACUGCCAUGAAGGGAGUCUACAAGGUCUGCUUCAGCAAUGAGUUCUCCACGUUCUCACAUAAAUCCAUCUACCUGGACGUCCGUCAUGGCGAUGAGGACCCUCUGCUACCCAGUAUGACGAGAGCCACGGCGCUGACACAGCUGGAAUCCACAUGCGUCUCAAUCCAUGAGAUCCUGAAGGUGGUGGCUGAAUCCCAGACGUGGUAUCGCCUCAGGGAAGCACACGACCGCACGAGGGCGGACCAGCUCUUGGAACGCGUCACUUUCUGGUCGAUCGGCGAAACUAUUCUGCUGUUUAUCAUCGGCAUCGGCCAAGUCAUGUUGCUCAGGAGCUUCUUCAGUGAUAAGAAAGGCUCUGUGGCCGCAAUGACUUAACCACAUAUUUCAUAAAAAAACAAGAACUCUUCUUUUUGUUUAGUCAAUGUCUGCGUUGUUACUGAAGAGAUACCACAUGUACUACAGAGCCAGAUGAGUUAUUUUCUGAUACCUAGUAAUACCAUGCCACUGAGAAUGUCAUUGUGCCAAUUGCCUUAAAAUGCUGUCAGCAUCAUGAUGGCCCAAAAUGAGAAACACGCUGAUAAUUGAUUUCAUGUCUCUUUGUUUUUUGUGUGUGUUUGUCCUAAUUUAUGUGCAAAAGCUGUUACAAGUUUAAUAAAGUGCAUUUUGUCUGCAAUUUCCUAUGAAGGGUUAGGUACUUUUAUUUAUUUUUGGCAUGUGAAGAUUACAUUGUGUUUGCUUCCCUGCUUCGAUUAAUAAAAACAAACGGCA